GAAGUGGAAACAGAUUAGAACAAGAGAGGGGGACAGGCCAAGCCAAACUCUGUUGGCAGAGCCAGGAUUAAAAAGCAGACAGAAACAGGAAAGAAGUUACCACUGUUUAGUUCAGGGUAGGAGCAACUGUAGAACACAUUGAGACAAAACAGAAGCUCAGCAAAGAGAAGUUCAGAGAGACAACAAAAAGUGUAGCUUGCGCUUUACAAGACAGAGGAGAACAGAGUGUGCUGGCUGCUGGCUUCUUCUUGCCACCUCUCCUGGAUUAUUAUUAUGCAGCACUCCAUGCUGCUGUGCUUCUUCUUGCCACCACUCCUUAUCCUGCUCAGCCAAGCUAAAGCUCAGUUCCCACGCCAAUGUGCUACAGUUGAUGCCUUGAGAAGUGGCGAGUGUUGUCCAGAUUUGUCUCCAGAGUUCGGGCCCGGUACGGAUCGCUGUGGUUCAUCUUCAGGAAGGGGUCAGUGUGUACCAGUGAUAGCAGACUCACGGCCCCAUGGCCCACAGUACAUGCACGAUGGCCAAGAUGACCGUGAGCAGUGGCCCUUACGCUUCUUCAAUCAAACCUGCAGCUGCAAUGGUAACUUCUCUGGUUAUGACUGUGGGUCUUGCCGACCUGGCUGGAGUGGAGCUGCCUGUAACCAGCAGAUCCGCACAGUCAGGAGGAACCUUCUGGACCUGAGUGCGGAGGAAAGGAAUAAUUUUGUCAAUGCCCUACACCAAGCCAAGACUACAGUACACCCUGAUAUUGUCAUAGCCACCAGGAGACAUGAGGAGAUACUGGGACCUGAUGGCAACACUCCACAAUUUGAAAAUGUGUCCAUUUAUAACUACUUUGUGUGGUCCCAUUAUUACUCUGUCAGAAAGACUUUCCUUGGUGCAGGGCAGCAAAGUUUUGGAGGAGUGGAUUUCUCUCAUGAAGGACCAGCAUUUCUCACUUGGCAUAGGUAUCAUCUACUGCAACUGGAGAGAGACAUGCAGGAGAUGCUACAGGAUCCCUCUUUUGCACUUCCCUAUUGGAAUUUUGCUACUGGUGGAAACACCUGCGAUAUUUGCACAGAUGACUUGAUGGGCGCUCGAAGCAAUUUUGACAUCUCUCUUAUAAGUCAGAAUUCCAUCUUCUCCCAGUGGCGUGUGCUCUGUGAAAACCUAGUAGACUAUGAUACCUUGGGAACCAUUUGUAACAGCACAGAAGGUGGUCCAAUUCGAAGGAAUCCUGCUGGAAAUGUUGCCCGGCCCAUGGUUCAGCGUCUCCCAGAACCACAGGAUGUUGCUCUUUGUUUAGAAGUUGAUUUGUUUGACACUCCUCCUUUCUAUUCCAAUUCAACAGACAGUUUCCGUAAUACAGUAGAAGGAUAUAGCGAUCCUUCAGGGAAGUAUGAUCCGGCAGUUCGGAGCCUUCAUAAUUUGGCUCAUCUGUUUUUGAAUGGAACAGGAGGACAAACUCAUUUAUCUCCAAACGACCCUAUUUUUGUCUUCUUGCACACAUUUACUGAUGCUGUUUUUGAUGAAUGGCUGAGGAGACAUAAUCCUGAUAUUUCAAUAUACCCACUGGAGAAUGCCCCUAUUGGACAUAACCGGCAGUAUAACAUGGUGCCAUUCUGGCCCCCAGUUACCAAUAAUGAGAUGUUUGUUCCUGCACCAGAAAACCUGGGCUACAGUUAUGAUGUUCAAUGGCCAAGCCGGGCUCUGCAGGUCACAGAGAUCAUAACUAUUGCAAUAGUGACUGCAUUGAUUCUGGUUGCAAUUAUUUUUGCUGGUGCUACAUGUAUUGUGCAUGCUAGGAAAAACAAGGAUGAAUUGCAUCAGCCUCUUCUCACUGACCAGUAUGAGCGGUAUUCAGAUGAUUAUGAUAGCAUACCAACCUCAGGCCAGUCUGUGGUUUGAACAGGUGGGGUUUUUUUACCUGCAUCCAAUAGAAUCUGUUCCUUCUGCUGUAUUUUAUAAAUUCCAAUAACUGAUCUGCCCUAAAAUAAAGGACAAAAAAUGUCAAUUGUCUUGAUAUAUUUGCUUCAACUCCAAUCUCCUCUUUCAUCACACUCCAGGACCAGUAUAUCACCUCUGAAAUACCAAGCAUGUGCUUAUCUUGUUAGACUUUCACUAAUUUCCCAAACCUCACCUUGCUACAAGAUUUUGUGGUAUAUUAUGUAAUCACUUUGUACCAUCAAGAUGUACAAGAUGGCAUUUUUUAGCACAUUUCAGCUUGUUUUCUUCUAACACAAUGAAUCACUGAAGAUAUUCAGGUGUUGUGCAGUUUAUUUCCUCUUUAAUUAUCUACUGAAAUUUUUUCAACUUUCAAAUAGAGGGAAUAUAAAUUUUUCAUUCUGAGAAAAGGAAAGGGCUUUUUAAUCUGCAUUGCUGGAUUUCCAAUUCCUAUUGUACAGUGACUUUUUUCUUUCUGGGGGCACUGUUGCAUGAUAAAUUGUUUGUUCUGCUUCAUAUGUUCUUUCUUUAUUAAAAACAAGAAUUCCUUAAAACAGUAAUGAAUAUUUUAAAAUGU